UGUGUUCAGUGUUCUACGAAUUAUGUACACGUUUGGUCGUUAUUCGCGUGUUAUCACUGAUCAGAACAUAUAUUUUAAAUUUCGAUUUUCAGCGUUUUCCGUCAGAGCGAGGUCAAAGAACGCAGUCUGAAUCAUUACAAAACAUUUCACAAUAUUUAAUUUAGGAUAACUUCACUUUCAUAUUUCACAUCAUCACAGUUGGAAAACAGUCGUCUUGAAUAUUAUUUAUCGCGAAUUUACGCUUUUAAAUUUUAUUUGCAUUCGACGCCGAUUUUUUUUGAAUUUUGCUUUGUGCUUGAUCUUACAAUCAGAUUCUCGGAGAUAUGGCCGGUCAAAGCGAAACCGCCGAAUUGUACGGUCGCGUGAAAUCUGCCACGGACAAGUUUUUCAACAUUCUACGCGAAGCAAAAAGUCUCGAAACCCAAGGCAAAACAAAUUUGGCUUUGCUGGAGUACGAACAGUGUCUUAAUAUCAUUGAUAAUGUCUUCUCAGUUCCACUGACACGUCCAACUGACCUGAGUCUUGAAUGGACAGAGGUUGAAAACAUACUACAGUACUUGAAAACUGAAAAAAAAGAGAUUUUAAGCCGUAUUGUUGAGUUGCAAAGAGAUAGUGGUUCAAAUAUGGCUAUAGAAUGUAGACCUUUACAAAGUCCACCAUCAUAUCAAGAAGCUACACGUUCUGACGAAGGACAAUCUCAUACUUCUGAAACAUUAGAACCUCCAGUUUCAUAUAACCAGUUAUCAGCUAUGCUCAAUGAUUUACGUGUUGACAUCGAGCAGAGUUCAAUGGCAAUUCUAUUAGUUAGCUGUGACAAUUCACAAGUAUUUUUCAUUGCUGAUGAUGGUCAAGUAACAUCGCCAUCAGAGAAAUCAAAUGUUAAAAUUUUUAUGCUUGAAGGUACAAAUUCAGAAAGCACACAGCGGCAUUUCCUUUGUAUUGAAGAUAUUUACUAUCCUCUUGUCGCAAAUAGUUCACCAUGUCUUCGAACAGAAUAUGGAGCAUUUUUAUUUCCAGAUAUUGAAAACAGAAAUUCAGCUAUUGGUGUGUUAGUUCUUCCAGAAAAUUUGGAACUUUUCACAGAUGUAUUAGAAGAUAUACUUAAGAAAUCAUUGAGAAAACAAUCUGGAACAGCCCGACAAAAAGGUCACAAAAUUUCAUCACACAUCGUUAAAGGAGCUACUUUUUUAUCAAAUGGAUUAGUGAAGGGUGCUGAAAAAACAUCAAAUUUCAUGAACAACUCUACUCCUGGUUUACUGAACUAUAUUAACCCUUCUCAAAGCGAUACAUAUGUUUGCUCUCCCAUGAAAAAAGGAGUUAAAGUUGCUAAAAAUGUGACAUCUACUGCUGCAGAUGUAACAUGCUAUGUUGCUGGAAAAAUAGGUACAGCAUCAUGUGUUGUUGGAAAAUUCCUAGCUCCACAUGUUCAUAAAGGUGGAACUAAGAUUUUGACGGGUAUUACUAAUAUGAACCAAAAUGAAGCUUCCGAGAAAAUGACAAAUGUAUUUGAUAUAACAGCAGGUGCUAUUGAAGGUUUAAGCAUCGUCUAUGAUGGACUUGAAAAAUCUGGAAUAAUGCUGGGUAAAAGUAUUUCAAACAACACAGUGCUUAUAGUUAAUCAUAAAUUUGGCAAUCAUGUUAGUGAAGUCACUCAGGACACAUUUGAAACAGUUGGCCAUGGAUUACGAUUCACUAGAAGUGUGAAAGAGUUUGGUCCAAAAAAUAUCAUCAAAUCUACUGUUAAAGAAACUGGACGUGCCAUGAUAGUACCAGAAAAUGAUUAAAAUAGUUUUCCUGACUAGUUUACCUAACUUAUAAGUAUGAAACUUUGUUGUAAUUAUCAU